AUGCACGAGAAACUCAAAUUCGGUAUCGACUCGAUUCUUGACCCGUGCUUUGGCAGAACGUCCGUCGAAAAGGACACUUCUCUGGACCUGAAAUUCCACGAUCCAACACAGUCCUUCCACGGCCAUCAGUCCGUGUUCAUCGUUUGGUGCCAGUCCACCUACACCAAUCAUCGACAAUCGAGCUCUAUUCCCUGCAUGGGUAUUCUGCACCAGAUAUUCGGAUCGUCCAUCUUCUGGUCCAGACUCUCGGAAAACCGAGAAGCGAGAACUGUCGAAGAGAAACGGCCCCGUACUGCUUUCACUCCCGGUCAACUGGAUCGACUCAAAAAGCAGUUUCUCGAUAACAGGUAUCUCACUGAAAAACGGCGCCAAGAAUUGGCUCAUGAACUUGGUCUCAACGAAUCCCAGAUCAAGAUCUGGUUUCAGAACAAGCGAGCCAAGCUGAAGAAGGUGACCACGGAAAGACCGCCGCUGGCUCUACAAAUAAUGGCACACAACCUCUACAACCACAAUGCCAUUUCACCAUGA